AUGUUGGACGAUGUAGAACAAUGUCGAGCAGCAUUGGAGAGAUGUCCCCCCGGGCAUUCUCUUCGACCAGAGUCUCUUAGCAAUCUCGCCAAGAGCCUUCGAGACAGAUUCAGGCAGCGAGGCGUCCUGUCUGACCUCGAUGAGUGCAUCGAGCUUAAUCGGGCUGCACUACUCCUUCGUCCCCCAGGUCAUUCUGAUCGACCACCGUCUCUCAACAAUCUCGCCGUCAGCCUUAGUGACAGAUUCACGCAGCGAGGCCUCCCAUCUGACCUUAAUGAGUCCAUCGAAUUCAAUCGAGCUGCACUACUCCUUCACCCCCCCGGUCAUGAUGCUCGAUGGUUUCCUCUCAGCAAUCUUGCCUUGAGCCUUCGAGAAAGAUUCAGGCAGCUGGGCGUCCCAUCUGACCUUGACGAGUGCAUCGAGCUCAAUCGGGCUGCACUACUCCUUCGUCCCCCCGGGCAUUUUCUUCGACCACAGUCUCUUAGCAAUCUAGCCCUCAGCCUUCAAGACAGAUUCACGCAGCGGAGCGUCCUGUCUGACCUUGAUGAGUGCAUCGAGUUCAAUCGGGCUGCACUACUCCUUUACCCCCCCGGUCAUUCUGAUCGAUGGCUGUCUCUCAACAAUCUCGCCGUCAGCCUUCAAUACAGAUUCACGCAGCAUGGCGUCCCGUCCGACCUUGAUGAGUGCAUCGAACUCAAUCGGGCUGCACUACUCCUUCACCCCCCCGGUCAUUCUGAUCGAUCACUAUCUCUCAGCAAUCUCGCUUUCAGCCUUGGAGACAGAUUCAGGCAGCGGGGUGUCCCGUCUGACCUUGAUGAGUCCAUCGAGCUCCAUCGGGCUGCAGUACUCCUUUUCCCCUCCGGUCAUCCUCUUCGAUCACAUUCUCUUAACAAUCUCGCCUUCAGCCUUCGAGACAGAUUCACUGAGCGGGGCGUCCCGUCUGACCUUGAUGAAUCCAUCGAGCUGAAUCGGGAUGCACUACUACUUCGUCCCCUCGGUCAUUCUGAUCGAUCGUUGUCUCUCAACAAUCUCGCCGUCAGCCUUCGAGACAGGUUCAGGCAGCGGGGCGUCUCAUCUGACCUUGAUGAGUCUAUCGAGCUCAAUCGGGCUGCGCUACUCCUUCGUCCCCUCGGUCAUUUUAGCCGGUCACAGUCUCUCAACAAUCUUGCCCUCUGCCUUCAAGACAGAUUCAGGCAGCGGGGCGUCCCGUCUGACCUUGAUGAGUGCAUCGAGCUCCAUCAGGCGGCACUCCUCCUUGUCCCCCCCGGUCAUUCUGAUCGAUCAACGUGUUUCAACAAUCUCGCCCUCAACCUUCAAGACAGAUUCAGGCAGCGGGGCGUCCCGUCUGACCUUGAUGAGUCUAUCGAGCUCCAUCGGGCUGCACUACUCCUUGUCCCCUCCGGUCAUUCUGGUCGAUCAAUGUCUCUCAAUAAUCUCGCCGUCAGCCUUCAAUACAGAUUCACGCAGCGGGGCGUCCCGUCCGACCUUGAUGAGUGCAUCGAGCUCAAUCGUGCUGCACUACUCCUUUCCCCCCCAGGCCAUUCUUUUCGACCACACGAUAUUACUGCUGCUAAGUCAUGGGUCACCUCUGCCGAGGAGACAAACCAUGAUUCUGCAUUACUUGCAUAUCAAACUGCAUUGAAAUUCCUAGAUCAGCACGUCACCCUUUUGUCGUCUUCGUCACGUCAUUUCGAUGUUGUAAGGAUGGCCUCGGCUUCGCUUGCUGUCGACGCUUUCUCGUGCAGUAUUCGUCAUGGCGCGCUGACAACUGCUGUUGAACUGGUGGAGCAAGGCCGUGCGGUGUUCUGGACCCAUUUGGCACGCUUAAGCUCGCCGUUCGAUGGACUUUCCCUGCCCGGUGACACCGGCGGAGCCUUGGUAGAAGAGUUCAAGCAGCUGAGCUUUCGCCUUCGUAGCGCAUUCGAUCAGUCUACUGAAGACCAGUCCCCACAAAUCCGACAACUGACCAUGCAAUGGAACGAUGUCCUCUCCCGCAUCCGCAUGCUCCCCGACUUAUCUCGGUUUCUCCUGCCUCCCCUGUUCUCCGACCUACAGAAGGCCGCUGAAGAAGGUCCUGUCAUCAUCGUCAAUGCUAGUCAGUACAGCUGUGAUGCCUUGAUUGUCCUCAGUGACCAAAGUCCUGUCCACAUUCCAAUUGAUAUCACGCGGGCCGAAGUCUCCGAGUUGUCCUCCGAGUUUCAGUCCGUCGCAGAGCAAUUUGGUUCUUCCGAUCAUCAAAACAAGCUUGUGGGCAUCCUCCGCAAGCUUUGGCACCACAUCGUUGACCCCGUGGUCCAAGCCCUUAGGGUGUCGAAUGUUCACCCUGGCUCGCGUAUCUGGUGGUGUCCCACUGCUGAAUUCACUUUGCUUCCUCUACAUGCAGCUGGACCCUACGAGAGAGAGAGAGACAACUUGUCACAGAUUUACGUCUCCUCUUAUACCCCCGCUUUAGCGACACUCGUUCGUGCAAGACAGCGCCUUUCUCAAUAUGCAUCUACUCAAUGCUUUGUUGCAAUUGGUCAAGGAAACCCGGAUAGAGGGAAAGCAUUGCGAUGCGUCGCUCCUGAAUUAGCCGCCAUAGCUCAGCGUCUCGCACCAAUCGUGUCGUCCUUCACGCCGCUCGAGGACAGUGACGCAACAGUGCAGGGUGUUCUCGAUGCGCUAAACCAUAACCAGUGGCUUCACCUGGCGUGCCACGGAAUGCCGAAUCGACAACGACCAUUUGAAUCCUCCUUCGCAAUGCGUGAUGGGCCGUUGAUGAUCAAGGACAUCAUCCGAUCCAACUGGGAGAACCCGGAGUUUGCAUUCUUAUCGGCUUGCCACACUACCGUGGGCGAUGAGAAGAGUCCCGACGAGUCGAUCCAUCUCGCUGCGGCGAUGCAAUUCUCCGGAUUUCGCAGUGUCAUAGGUUCUAUGUGGUCCGUCGACGACGAGGUUGCGCGGCAGGUUGUGUCUGCCUUUUACGACAAGCUGGUGGAUGAUUCGGGGAGAUUGGACUGCACGCGGGCUGCAGUGGCGUUGCACAAGGCUGUGAAGAAAUUGCGGCGCAAUAAUAUUCCACUGGAACAGCAGAUUGUAUUUGUUCAUAUAGGCAUCUAG